GUUAGAAUGUGCGGUUCUAAAGCGCAACUCAAUCAUACUGCACUGCGUUACCUAUACAUGCCCACUGAUCUGGCAAACAAAAUUCUAUCUACUCUCUGGAAAAACUUAGCGUAUGCUAGUACGCGCAUCCUUCCUGCCUGAAGUGACAGAAGAAUGCCCAUGCAACCGCACCAAAAGCGCUUCUCCACAGUUGAGUUUGAGCGUUCGCGCUGAAAUUUUGUGUCAGCUUAUCGAAGAACUUCGGAGAAUGGAAGCGCCUGGAUACGAAAUUGAAAAGUGUGUUCUGGAGAACAACCAACUGCAGUUACUUCAGGCCAGUUUGGAAAAACUGAAUCAUUUGAAGGUAUUUUUUCAAGAAAAAAGCGUUGACAAUAUACCAUCGCCUCCGUUACCUAGAAUCGACCUGUCUUGUUUCAAAAAACUCAAAAUUCUAGAGUUUUUUGGAUGUCGCUUUGACUGUUCAAGUCAUUUUUUUUUUUUGCCAGCAUGUCUGGAAUGCCUGAGCUUUGACCGCACUUUUCCGUCCGUAGUGAAGUUGCUGCUACUGGGCUCGGCGGACGAAUUGGCGAGUAUUGUAGACUUUGACUGUACAGGUUCAAAUGGCGAUGGUUGCUUUGAAUCCUUGAAGUAUUUUAAGGCUACAAACAGCAUGCUAGCACUUGAGAUAGAGGACGAGGUCCAUUUAUCUGGACUGAGAAAGUUGAACUUGUCGAAUAAUUUGUUGAGUUUGGUUCCCAAUCUUCAGCGUUGCACACAAUUAACUGUAUUAGAUUUGAGCUCUAACCAGAUACAGAGUUUGGGUAGUUCUAUCAGAUGUAUGCAACAGUUGAAGUGGAUUAACUUAUCUAGAAAUUGGCUGAGGUCAAUAGAGGGUUUGGAGAGUUUGCUGAUGCUCCAGCGGAUUGAUUUGUCUGAGAACCGCAUUACUGACUCGGCACAAAUUUUUCGCCUUAUGAAGCUAACGAAUUUAGAGUUUUUGAACGUGGGCGAAAAUCCGGUGACGGCGAAGUUGAAAGGUAAUUUGCUGAGCUUUGGCUUCAUGCAGUCUUCAAGUAAAGAGCCUUUUGUGUAUAGAAAAGGGGAUUGGGCUGGAGAAGCAGAGAAGAAAGGCGAUUGGAUGAAGACGGCAAACAGCGAGUUGAACAAAUCUGGAAGAAAUGCAGAUCCUUUUCGAGGAGGGGAUAGUAGCGACUUGCUAGAGCAAGAGCUAUUGGGAAUAAAACUGGAAGGAAGUGUAGAAGCUGGCAAUGUCGAUGAAUUCUUUUGUAUGGAAGAUAUUGGAAGGAGCCGUUUAUGGUCUUCUCCUGUUAACAGGAAAUUGUCGGGGAUUCGGUAUGGUAAGGCAGUUUCGAGAAUUCCCAAGCGUCGGGCAUCGAUUCGCAGUAUUGAAGAUGAAGGCUGCAAAGCGUUAGAAGAAAAAAGAAAGAUUCAGGCCUUCCGAGUUUCGAACGAGGAUAAACUCAAAGAGGAGUUGGACAAACUUCGCAAGUUUCACCAGGAGAACGGGACGAUGUGGCUACUAGUUUACAAUCACUAUCGAGACAGAAAGUCGGCAAGCGAGGCAGUGUCUGAAAAAAGGUAUUCCGAGUUAUUUGAAUCGUUAAAGAGAGUCCAUGAUCACCCGAAAGGAAGAGACGUAGAGAGGAUUGGGUAUCAAGAUACAGGAGAGUCAUCGGAGCCUUUGAAGAAAAAAGAAAUGCACGAGACAGGGGAAGAAAAUGACAAAGGCAGCCGCAUCGAAGAGCCUGAAUACCCACUGUGUAGUAAAGAGUGCGAGACAGAAUCGUCUAAGGAGACGUUUAGUGUUUGUUGCAAGGAAGAAGAAUCCGACGAGACAAGUUGGUUCGACUAUAUUUUAUCUAUUACUGAUCAUUACAUUGAAGAGUUCGAUGGUAUGAAUUGUAGGUUUCGUUUCUCUGUUUUAGAUUUGGAUGAGGUGAUAGAACCUGAAGAGCAAGAGAAAUCGUUUGACGGUACAGCUGGUUUUGACAGGAAUUUAGAUGUUAUUUGUAAAUCAUCCCGAUUUACUGGCAGCCGUUUAUAUCGGUUUAAAACGCUAGACGAUAAAAUUCGUGCACUACAUUUAAUUGGGAAAUAUAGAUCAAAGGGAGAAGGUGAGCUGCCUGGAGGUGCAUCUAUUCUAUUAGAGAAGCGUAUUGAACAAAGUUCGUUAGAUGGAAAACAAAAUAUCGAACAGGAUUCAGGUUUAUUGGACGAAAACGACGAAAAACACAAUGUUGGACAGGGUGUAGAUCCGUUAGAGGAAAAACAACACAAUGUUGGACAGAAUAUAGAUCCGUUAGAGGAGACACAACACAAUGUUGGACAGAAUGUAGAUCCGUUAGAGGAAAAACAACACAAUGUUGAACAGAAUGUAGAUCCGUUAGAGGAAAAACAACACAAUGUUGAACAGAAUGUAGAUCCGUUAGAGGAAAAACAACACAAUGUUGGACAGAACAUAGAUCCGUUAGAGGAUACACAACACAAUGUUGGACAGAAUAUAGAUCCGUUAGAGGAUACACAACACAAUGUUGGACAGAAUAUAGAUCCGUUAGAGGAGAAACAACACAAUGUUAGACAGAAUAUAGAUCCGUUAGAGGAUACACAACACAAUGUUGGACAGAAUAUAGAUCCGUUAGAGGAGACACAACACAAUGUUGGACAGAAUGUAGAUCCGUUAGAGGAAAAACAACACAAUGUUGAACAGAAUGUAGAUCCGUUAGAGGAAAAACAACACAAUGUUGAACAGAAUGUAGAUCCGUUAGAGGAAAAACAACACAAUGUUGGACAGAAUAUAGAUCCGUUAGAGGAUACACAACACAAUGUUGGACAGAAUGUAGAUCCGUUAGAGGAGACACAACACAACGUUAGACAGGAUUUAGAUUCAUUAGACGAGAAACAACGGAAUGUUGAACAGGGUUUGAAUUGUGAGCUCACGGCUGCAUACAAUAGUUUGAGCGUCGAUUCUAGACGAAAGAACGACAGCUACUUCAGCUAUUAUCGUAAUGAACCCCGACGUGACAGUCGCUAUUUUUCGUUUUUGCUGGAUCUUAAGUUUCUAGCAUUUAACGAACUGGAUUCAGAAGAGGUGUCUGAAAUUCAAUUGCGAUCUAUAGCACCCAAGCUAGCAGAUGAAAGUCUUAAUUUGUGCAUCCCUGGUUUUUAUUUGGCACACCAAGCUAAAAUUGCUCGUGAGAAGCUCGCUAUUCUUCUAGUCACAACUCGAACGCUGCUGUUGUUGGUUAAGUCAACUUCGUCUUUUUACCGAGUUUUUCAGUCCUCGCAGACGGGCUCUCUUUCUGAUGUCAUUAUGAACAUUCCUUUGAACUCCCUCAUAGACAAAUUUAAACUGCAUUUCUCCAAAUCCAUUCAGAAUGUGAUUGGGCUUCUUGUUGGUCCCUUCCGACAAUGGCUUCGAUUCGAAUUCAGCGAUCACCCUCCAAUUAUGAUUGUCACCAAGGCGAGUCUGCGCACCCUAAAAUUCGUGAAGCGAUUUGAAGAGCUCGUCUCUCGCAUAAAGGGGCCAUUUCGCGCCGUUUAUAACAACAACGAAUUCCUUCUUCACGUUCAUCAAUGCCUCCAACUCCGCAAAAUAAAAAUGCACGACCCGUUCAUAAUAGAUGUUUAUGCACUCGUCUAUCAGCUUCUCGAUCCUUCUCCUACAUUCCAUUUCUUUCCGUUGUUUCAUUCUUCCAAGGUCAAAUAUCUCGUGCGUUCACUGAUUCUCACCGCGUAUGAAAUUCUGCUCCUUGACGAAGACUAUUCCAAGUGGCCUUCUCUUAAUUCGCCUUCCUGGACACCACCCAAGACGCCUCAAUUUACCCUUGUGGAGCGCAUCAAAUACAAGCAUCUGUCUUCUCUAGUUUUGGAAGAGCCGAACGCACCUGACAACUUUCUCUGCCUGCGAUUCAGCUUCGAGGGUGCCCAGUUUUCCGGCGUAUGUUCGCCUGCUAAAGGGCUCUUCUCUAAAUUGGAGUCCCCUUCUUCCGACCCGGUCAUGUCGGUGCGCUUGCUCAUUGCCAACGAAGUGGAGCGGUCUUACAUCAUCCAAGUCAUCUCGUCUCGCUGGAGGUCCAUCUUUGCCGUGCCUAUUCCUAUAGAAAGUUGCACGUCCUAGGCCGUCCGCAGCCCAAGGAGUACAGCAUGCGCAUUUGUUGUGCGUCACAAUACACGAUGAGUGACCGCAGGCUGUCUCGGUAGUUCGCGCGAAAAGGGCACCAC